GUCAAAGAAACUCAGAGUGCCACUGAAUUCUACAAGGCGUUCUACCAACUGAUCACUUCCAGCGCACAAGCGACGACUUUAUACCAAGGCCUGGCAUCGUUAUCAAAAUCCUUCACAGUGUUUGUGCCUGUCAGUAGUGCGGUUCACUACAAGAAAUUCACGCUGUAUUUUAUGAAGAAUCACAUUGUGUCAGGAAGGCAUCCAUUGAACAACAUAAAUGACGACUUAACGAUGACAACGUUGGCUGGGACUACACUGCACAUCAAAAAGCUGAGAAAUGGAGAAAUAGUCGUGAAUGGUGUCGCUCAUAUCAAGGGAGACAUCCCUGCAACCAAUGGUCUCCUACAUUUCAUCGAUCAGAUGAUACCAUAUGUUGGACCUCCUCCACCUACUACCCCAGUGGAACCAACAAAACGAACAGAAACCCCAGGAAAACCAACCACGAAAAUAACAACGAAAGAAACUACAGCUUCAGCAGUUGGACCAAAGUCGGGAGGUGAAAGUGCUGCAAGAAAGGAGAGAGAUGGUAUUGGUAGAGGAGCUAUUGCUGGUAUUAUCAUUGGCAUCAUAAUAUUUGUGAUGUUCAUCGCUGUUUUAGUUUACUUUGCAAGAAAGAAUGGCUUCCUUUCCCGCCGAGCAUUUUACAAAAAGCAAGCGGACACCGUUCAGUUUAGUAACGAAGCUUACAACGAACAUUCUAUGAUGUCAUUUGAUAAUGCUAUGUUUCAUAACAUGGAGGAUCCCUUGCAAAUGCCUCCACUGGAUAUACCUAUUGACGAUAAACGGCCUCUACCACAGGAUUCAGGAGGAGAACACAUGGAUUUUGACAAUCCACUCUAUCGUGAAAUGUCUGGCUUAGACCUGCCACUAAAUCCAAAUGACAUAAUUUUCUUGCCAGACUCUAAUACGGCUUCAUCAGAUACGGGUGUCAAAAAUUUUUCCAACCCACUCUACGAUGGGAAAAGGACUGUAAAGUUUAACCUAGACCCCAAGUAUCUUCCAGGUGAAGAAGACACCUGCUAAGUGAGCUGUUUGGUUACACGAAGAUAACAGUGGUUUUUCCGCUUUCGCUGGUUACAUUUCAAGGGACAUCAGGAAGGAUAGAUAUAUUUUUUAAGCCAUAAAUAUCGCUACGUUAGUUUAGUGUUUGUAUGUUGUUUUGUUUGUUCCUUUUUUUACUAACACUUAAACGUCGUGUAGAUCUUUUUAUUUUUCUUGAGUGUGUGUGUCUUUUCUCCCCGUCAGUAAUGCAAACCCUGGACUACUUUUCUGCACACUGCCUCAAAUGGCGGCAACCCCCACAUGUUUUGAUAAGGGUGUGUAAACACGGAAAAAGUCCUCUUUUGCAUAAAUGUGCUAUUUCCUCAAUCACUCAAUUAGCUCUAUAUUUCUUUCUUGCUUAUUAACUACUUUAUUUUUUCGGGCUGAAAUAACGCGUGGCUUGUUAACACUCUGCAAGGAUUAUCAAAUUUUAAAGAUGCUAGUCUCGGUUCUUUACAAAUUUUAAUUUUUUUUUUUAAUGUUGACGAAAGAGCCUAAGUGACGACUUUUAUCUUUUUGCGAGGAUACUGUCGCACUAAAUUAAAAAAAAAACGAAACAAAACAAAACAAAAGCAAUUAAUGCAGAAACCGAGCCUUACAAGGAUAAAUACAACCUGGGGAAGUAUACUAGAUCCAAUGUUACAAAAUUGUGGGGUCGCGACGCUCUAGGAAGCCAAUAAUAGCUACCUAUCAAAAUUAAGGAGGCUGGUUGCCUAGGGAAUAGGAAGGGAAUCUUAGGGGCUUUCUAGAGGGGUUCAAAAUUGGUGU